AGUAGCAUCUGCAUGAUUGAGUAAAUAUGCUUUGUGGUUUUCAAUCACAAGUGGUUUAUGUUUUGCUUCUUCAAUUAGUGAACAGCAAAGAUAGACUCAGAAAAUGAUCCAUACUGCCCUCUUUUGGUAAAACCACACUGUUGUAGUAAGUGAAUAAAGAGCUCAGCAUCCAGCCACGGGCUUUCAGAUGGGCAGUGCAGCGUACUAUAGCUAAUGAAAGAGGAGGCUCUGUAGACACCUGCGUUCAGUCAGACAUAAUGAAAGUCACUUUCACAGGUUUGGCCAGUUUUGUGGCCACCUUUGGGGUCCUCAGUUUUGUUGGUCUUGUCCUGGCAAUUGGAACUGAUUUUUGGUACAUCAUUGACACAUCUAAGAGAGAGAACAGCUCUUCUGUGUCCCUCAGCUCGCAUUCUGGACUUUGGAGGACCUGUAACUUUCAUAACCAGUGCUGGCCAUUUAUGAAUCCUUUUGGAGCAGCAAGAAACUUAUCAGAUUCACAAAGGCAGAUACUAAACAUGCAAGGAACGUUUAUUGUCCUGUUACCUCUCAGCGUGAUCGUGCUGUUUGUUGGAGGGAUGCUGGGUUUCAUCAGCAUGUUGGCACGAGCUUACCUGCUGCUGCUCAUGACUGGAGUGCUUCUUCUGUUUGGAGCUGUGGUCUCAUUGGCUGGAAUCUGUGUCUACAUGGCCUACUCCGCAGCCGCCUUCAAAGAGGCUAUGGUCAUCUCUGGCCCCAAAACCCUGGAGGACAUCGAGAUUUACUUUGGCUGGUCUCUGGUUCUGGCCUCUGUUUCUUUCAUCGGGGAGCUCGGAACAGCCGUGGGAUUCCUGCUGGCCUCAGCCAGAGUGAGUCAGCUGACCAAUCAGGAUGAGAACGAAUAAUUGGAUUCAUCAGAUGUAAUGUGAAUCA